UCUUCACUGCCAUGCCAAGUCUGUAGAAAAGCAGUGAAAAAGGGAUUUGAUUUCACACUAAUGGUAGUAGGUAAGAUAAAAUAAAAAUAUAUACCACUGUACAAAUAAACAUGGCUCGCCUCAAAGCUUCAAGGUCACCUAGUCGCAUCAGUGAGGCUGUUCCUCAAGUCUGUGUCAAAAUGUGUUUCCACUGUGGCCAUCUCCCAAAAUCAAGCCAGUAGAUCCGGAUUCACUUCAUGAAUGCUUCGGGAUUCUUUUUUAAACUACUUCUGCAUUUCCUUGUUACAUAACACUCACAAUAGUGCUUUAUAUCAGCCCCCGAAGACACACAUCAAUAUUGUACUUGCAGCUGGAGAAAGGGUUCAAAUUAAACAUUUAAUAGGAACACCUGGGGCGGCACCGAGGUAUCAAGCAAUAUAGAUGACGAGUGAGUGAGGAACACCUGGUAGUUAAUAGGUACCUCAAACAUAAUGAGAAAAAUAUGUUAUUUCAGUGACUUGAGUGUCUAGCUGUGUUUAUAUGAGCGAGCGUUUUUGCUUGUUCUGAAUAAACUGAUGGAUUGCUCUUAUUUUAUGGUCGCAGGUGAGUCUGGUUUGGGCAAGUCCACUCUUAUCAACAGCCUCUUUCUUACAGACCUGUACAAGGAACGGUGUCUUUACGAUGCUCAAGAAAGAAUAAAUAAGACCGUACGAAUUACCAAGAAGAGUGUAGAAAUCGUUGAAAAUGGGGUCAAGCUAUGGCUCAACAUUGUGGACACUCCAGGUUUCGGAGAUGCUCUCGACAACACUAACAGCUGGAAACCUGUGGUAGAUUAUAUUGACCAGCAGUUUGAGCAGUACAGACAGGCGGAGAACAGUUUAAACCGAAAGAACAUUCAUGACACACGGGUGCAUUGCUGCCUGUAUUUUAUCUCAUCUAGUGGACACGGCCUUAGACUGAUUGAUGUAGAGUUCAUGAAGGCACUUCAUAAGAAGGUCAACUUAGUGCCCGUGCUGGCUAAAGCAGACUGCCUUACCCGCUCCGAGAUUCAUCAAAUGAAAACCAGGAUUUUGGAAGAGAUUGAUAGACACGAGAUCGAGAUCUACGACUUCCCAGAAUGUGACUCGGACGACAAUGAGCUUCGUAAAAAACACGACUUUGAAAUAAAGAGAAGCAUACCGUUCGCAGUAAUCGGGAGCAACCUGAUAGUGGAGCACAACGGCAGAAAGGUUCGAGCCCGUGUUUAUCCGUGGGGUGUUGUCGAAGUCGAGAACCCCGCUCACUGUGACUUCGUGCGUCUGAGAAGCAUGCUGGUACAUACACACAUGCAUGACCUGAAAGACACGACUGCGGAUACACUGUAUGAGAAUUACCGAACUCAGAUCUUAUGCCAGAAAGAAAACGCUGCUAAUCUGGAUUGAGUUUAUGAUGGGUGUUGUUGAAGAAUCCACAAUGAACAUUUUACAACCCUUUUUUGUUUGGAAGUGUUUGAAUUUUUGCUAUACUGUACAUGCGGAGGUGGGUAGUAACGAGUUACUGUACAUUUACUUGAGUAACUUUUUCAAGAAUUGUAGUUUUCUGGGUAGUUUUACUGCACAAUACUUUUUACUUUCACUUGAGUAGAUUUGCGAAGAAGAAACGCUACUCUUACUCCGCUACAUUCGACUCGUUACUUUUCUAACCAUUUAUUCGACACAUUAGAUUUUCUUUGUUUUUGUCCGAGAAAUGCAGCCGGUGGAUCUACCACAUGACUGUGUUUCACUAAUCAGAUGUAACAACAAUAAUCACAUGACUCCGUUUGACCAAUCAGCCACAAUAACCACAACCACAUGCAGUCACAUGACCACACACACAUUUGCUGCAUAGUGGGAAAACAUGUCCCAGUUAGUUUAGCUGUUUUAUUUAAUGUUGCAAUGUUAAAAUAUAUAAUUAGUAAAUAAACUAGAAAAUAAAAAAUAUAAGUUUCUUACGUUU